ACACACACACAAAAAACUAUUUAAUAUAGCCCAAAAAAGAAUCAAAGUGAACCCGAGAGAGAGCGAGGGAGAUUGGUCAAGCCGUUUGGAGCCAGGCCAUAACCAUCAAUGUGAUACCCAUACCCGAGCUCCAACUGGGCCUAGGCCACUACCAAUAAGAAGAUUUUUGUGCUCCCAAUCAGAAAAACUGCAUCACACACAUACGACGGGGUGUAAAAGGAAAACGCAAGACAUAUAAUACACACAGCAAAAAACGAAAGAGCAGAAUAAGAAGGGGAAAAAACAAUAACAACAAAUUUAAGAAAAGACAGGAGAAAAUCAAAAUGAAAACCAACUUUAAAAUGACAAUCUAUUUUCCGCAUUAACAUAAGCCGUAGGAGCAGCAGCAUACGAGGAAGGGGUAAGGGGAAAGGAAGAGCCGCGGGGCCGGCCGUAAAAUGCCAAGAAACACUUGCAGGCCAAGUGAAGAUUGCGUAGGUAGUGCAAAUGGUAGCCAAGAGCAGACGCAGCAAGAUGCCAACACCAACAACAAUAACAACAAAGACAGCGGAUCUUCCAGCAUUGUCAAGCAGGAGUUCCAGCCAGCUCCAGCACCAGCUGUUGGCCACAGAAAGUCGGAACGUCGGAGAGUGGCCCGAGACAUAUUCCUGGUAUUCGAGGAGCAAUCGACUCGGCGGCGUGGUAAGGGGGCACGUGGCAAGAAUACGCGAGCCAAACAGAAAUUCGGUCAUUUGAAAGUGGCCAAUACGCCUCGAAUCAAUAAGAAUUUGUUGCGUGAAAUUAAAACGGAACCAAAGUGCAGCACAACGGAGACAGUGGCAUCAGCUCCUCCUCCACCCACACCUGCUUUACAUCCAGCUACAUUGCAUGAGCCAGAGCCGCAGCUUGAGCUGGAGCCACCAGAGCCAGAAUCACAGCCAGUGCCAGCUAAGUCGAAGACCAAAGCAACUGCAGUGAAAAUUGAAACCAAAAUUGUAACGGAAUCUUUAAGAGAGCCAAAUCCUGUACCCCAACCGCCUUCUCCGCCGCCUCCACCCCCACCACCGCCUCCUCCGCCACCUGUUAAUAAUGAUUCUCCUCCUGUUCCCGCUCCUGAAACAACUACACCCACAAUAACUUCAAAUCCUGUUCCUGCUACAGCUCCACCUACAGCUUCAACUUCAACUUCUUCCUUAACCACACCUAGCGUCAAUCCCAUAUUCCUGUGGGUCAAGCAGGAUGACACUCGCAUAGUUGAGGUACGCUGUGAGGAUUAUGAUAAACGGAAUCGCAUACGCCUGACCAAAACCACCAAUGGCUGGCGUUCCAUGCCACGCACAGAUGCCUCAAGUACCAGAAUAGUGAAAUACUUCCAUGGGUCGCAUGCAGCACCGUCAUUAAUGAAGGUCAAACGAGAGCAUCAACAGCAACAGGAACAGCAUGAACAACAGGAACACCCACACCACCAUCAUCAUCAUCAUCAGCAGCAGCAACAAGAAGAGCAGCAGGAACAGGAGCUGGAAUUGGAUCACGAACUGGAGCCAGAGCAAUCGGGCAAUCUCCUCAAUGACUGGGAACAAAUCCCUGAAGAUGCCAUGGAUGAAGUGCAAUCACAGACACAGCAACAAGACCAGCAGGUGGAUGAGCCUGGCUCGGCGGUCAUUGAGCAUGUUGUCGUAUUGCCAGCUGCAACUAAUCAGCAACCAAUGGAAGAUGCCGCUUGCACGCCCACUCCGACGCCUUGUUUUGAUGCCUUGUUGGACAGCGAGACAAAUGCAUCAUCUACGAAAGCUACCAAGACCAAUACGCCCACAUAUCAAAGUUCCACACCCUCGCCGAUGGAAUUGCAACUGUGUCCAAAGACGGGCUUAUUUCUACCAAAAGGAUCGCAGAUGCCAUUGGUCAGUGAUCAAGCCGAGGAGGACGAUGACGACGACGAUGCGCAUGCAGAGAAUGAACAGCGCCCGCAGGAGGAAGUGGACAAACCCAUGGCAAUGGAUGCCAUCGAAUGUCUCGAUGCAAAUACCAAGAAUCUUAAGGAUCUUCUCGACGAUGCUGAUGAUCUGCUGCAAAAUUGCACCAGUGACAAUGGUAGCAAUGGAGCUGAUCUUCUUGACUCCUUGGUCAAGCGGAGUUGCGAGGAUAAUCUGAUGCAGGACAACAGUAACAAUGCCCAGCGACAGCAGGAACAGACGACAACAACAACGGACAGUGAUGAUGACGCAUUAAGCUCAUUCUGUGUUCCCGACUUGGGCAAAGACUUACCCAGCAUUCUCAACAUAGACAAUGAUGACGAUGAUACUCCCAAAUGCUUGUCCUUUAAUGAGGCUGGUGAAAUUGAAGGACUGAAUGGUGAACUCUUCUUGGGCAUUGAAGCCUUUGAAAAGCAAGCUGCAGCAGCGGCAGCAGCAGCGGCGGCUGCAGCUGCGGCGGCGGUAUCAGUGGCAUCGGCUACGACAGCAGGAAGAACCGAGGAUGAAGUAGUUGUCGAACCUGAACCCAUUGCUACACCAGCUACUGUCGAACUGACACCCAUGACGCCCACUCCGACGCCGACGCCGACACCAACACCGACGCCAACUGCAACUCCAACUCCAGAAAAAGACCGGGAAAUAACUGAGAAGUCGAUACCUGAUGAGACACCAAAAGAUCUGAGCUACAAGAAACGCGAGGAGGUCUGUCCACCAUCAGAGUCGCGAAGUCAGUGUGCGGUGACAUCCAGUUCGGACAUCCUGAAAUCUCCCGAAUCGGAGCUGCAGGCUAACUCAAUUAUCUCAGGCGCCACCACGUCGAUACCAGCCGAAGUGGAGACCACUUCGGAAACGAUUAAAAAUCUCAUUCUGGAACAGUUUCUCAAGCUCAACUCGCAGCAGAAUUCGAAUGCCCAGCAGGCGGAGCCCAUGGAUUUGGGCAAAGCCGGUCGAGAGGGUAAAUUGGAAACUGUCGUCAUUGACGACGAGGAGGAGUCGCCGCCAUUGAAAAAGCGUUCCAAGGCCAGCAUUAAAUUGGACAAAGAUCCGGAUCCAUUGACACAGUUGAAGAUGCUCAUCAGUAAUCCGCAAUGGAAGGUGCCGGAUCCCAUAUUAGUGCCCAAGGAUCGUUUGGGUGCCGUCUUGGCAUCGCCGGCCCGUGAGAUUCCCUUGCUGCUGACCACCAGACCCGAGUUACGUUUGCCAGAGGCAUUUGCCUAUCCGGAAAUCAUACAGAAUCCCAAUAUUUUAGUGGUUACCAUGGAACAACUGGAGGCCAUACUAAAAACCGAAUCGGAGCAAUCGACAAAGGGGGCCAGCAGUAAAGUUAAUCAAACUGUAGAAGAACCUCCACUUACCGUCACGGGUAAAGUGAGAAGUAGUCCCAGUCCCAACAAGCCAUUGCCAGCUGCAGCUGCCAUGCCAGCCAAGACUCCGCUCCAUAAUCUACAAUCGAAGGCUGCGCCAGUGGUUGUAGCUGCCCCCACACCCACGCCACCUUCACCCUCGCUAUCGGCCGAUUCAAGUCAUUUGUCCCCGGAGCUAAAUGCCACCACAUUGGCUUUGCUUCAGCAAAUGCUGUGGCUUCCAUAUUUUGGACAAUUGUCACAGGAGUUCUUCAAAACCAUCAAGGAUCCUUUGGGCCUGCAAAAGAAAUUCAUGAGUAACUUGCUCCCCCUGUACAACAGUCAGUUUGGUCUGCAGCAUUUGGAUGAGCUGUACAAGCAUUGUCUCAAGCAAAAGCCCACGGCGGCGGAAGAACCGCAACAGGCCAAGACACCAGCGGCAGCAACAGCUUCACCUGCAGCUCAACCAGCGCCAGCUCCAGCAGCCGCCACAUCAUCUGCGUCAACAGCAAAUGCAGCCACCGCUGCUGCCUUUAAUGGGUUUGCCAAUCCCGUUGAGCUGGCGAUAAUGCAAAAGUUAAUGCAACCGCAAUUGUCGAAUUUAUUCAAUUGGAAAGAUGGAGCGCUUCCUACUGGCAAGGAUACAGCGCACUCCUCUACCUCUCAUCAACAGCCGCAGCAGCAACAUCAUCAUCACCAUCAUCAGGAGCAUAAGCGACCCAGGCGUGAUCCGGAAGCUGCGAAGCCUACAGCAGCGGCCGCACAUGCGCCGAAUCCGACAACAACCAACCUAGCUCCACCUGCUGAACACAAGCCACGCCUCACCUGCAAAUCCCUCUCGAAUCUGUUGGAGCCCGAGCCGAGUAACGUGAUGCCGCUGCUUAAUGUGCCCUUCGACAGCCUGCGGCGAAAUCAAUUGAUGCAAAAGCCAUCCGGACCUCAUGAGCACAUCAAAGAGCACGCCAGCACCGGCCGCACUCUGCGCUCCAGCAAGGCCAGUGUAACCUAUAAUCCCUUGGAGCAGGCCAGGCAACAGCAGCAGCAGAUGCAGUCUUCCUCGGCGACGCAGCAGCGAAAACGUGGCAAUAUGUUGUCAACGCAAGAGCAACAUACCCAGCAGCAGCAACUGGCUGAGGCAGCGGCAGCAGCUGCCUCUUUAGAUGCCAAUUCCGCCCUAUGGCAUCCAUUAUUUGGCAGCAAUCCCAAACAGGGCUAUAACAGUCCUUGGCAAUGGACCACAGUGACUGCCACUGGUGAAUGACAGUCAAGCCGGGCUCACAAGGAGCCGGCAGCAGUACCUGCAGCGGUAACAAGAACGGCCAGCUACGAGGAACAACAACCACAACAGCCAUCACUAUCAUCCAUGGGUGGACCAUCUGGAAUGACAGGAGGAGUAUCAACGUCUGCUGGUUUCGGUGGAUCUUUGUCGCAUUUGUCACAGCAUUCACAGCAGCAACAGAUUCCAACAGCUAGUAAUCAAAAUCAAAAUCAACAACA